AAUAGCAACCAGCGGGAGAAGCCAGGUAGACGCAUUGUUCUCCACUGGCAUAUAGGGCUCAGGGUCCAGGUUAGGGGAAUCAAAGGCAAGUGCCCUCAGCUUGAGCAGCUAAUGUCAGCCUGUCUCAGUGCAUAAUAACCAACCAUCCACCAUGCAGACUCAACAACCUCUUGAGAACCGCACGAACAUGCAGCAUCUUCAGACUACGGGUAAACUAGACAUGGCAGACUACGGUGUCGAAGUGAACAUGCCGGUGUACUUCGGCGGUGAACACAUGGAUCAGUUUCGCGGGAUACAUUUUCCCCAGCAAGUUGGAAAGGCGCUGGAUUUCAAACAAAUUGGAUAUUAUACAUCGGCUGACUUGUACAACGUUGGCGGUAGCAACCCUACCUCCAUCGGCUCCAACCUCAUCAUCGACGAGGAAUCUAGGGACUCUAAGCCUGAUAUCACGGCUCUUCCAAGUGAAGAUAGCGACGAUCUCCUCGCUAGCACCAACAGUCCAAGAGAAAGCACUAGCGAGGCAGACGCCGAAAACUCCCCACCUGCGGCAGACGACACCACGCCUGCACCAAAGAAUUCCAGAAAGCGCAAGCGACCAAUUCCUAAAGGCAAGCCGCCCUACAGUUACAUCGCUUUGAUCAGCAUGGCCAUCGCUAACUCGGACGAUCGGCGUCUGACGCUGCACGAGAUCUACGGCUUCAUCGAGGAGCGCUUCCCCUACUACCGCGACCACACCAACACCAAGGGCUGGAAGGGGUCCAUCCGACACAACCUCGCCCUCAACGACUGCUUCAUGAAGCUGCCGCGACAGCCCGGACAGAAGGGGCAUCAGUGGGCUAUCGACCCCAACUACGAGGACAUGUUCGACCACGGCAGCUUCCUGCGACGUCGGUACCGCUACAAAGAUGGAGUCCGACGUAAAGGCAGAAAACAGGACCUGGCCCCCAACGCUGUUGUCAUGCCACCAGCGACACCAUACGGCUUUGUUGACCCAACCCAAUGUGUGAACGCUAGCACCCCCAACUGGAGCGUUCCCCGAGGUCACAUGACCACCACGCCACCCUCGUCAACAACAUCUACACCAUCGCCUCUGUCUAACACAGGCGCACCCUCCCACGAGUCUGUAUCCGGUGCGAUAUGGAACCCCUAUCUUGCCGCCAGCCGUCAACAGUCCUCACCCCCGGAGACACUGUACGAAGCCAAAUCUCCCGAUCUGUCCUCCCCCUACCCAGCGUCGUGCUCAAUAUCCAGCUGCACCCCCUCCCCCGAGCCUUCACAGUGCCAAGCAUCCUCAAGUCCAUCGUCCUCACCACCCGAGGCUCACCAAACUCUACCCUUCGGCUACCAGACCCAGGCCAUGGGAGUCCCCAUGUGGAACAACCCUGCAGCCUACUCAGCGGUGGGACAGACGCCGCCUGGAAUCGGCAACUACAUGGACGCCUACAACAUGAACGCCUACAGCAUGCUGAAUGGCGCUUACCCCUACAUGCCUUACAUGGUCCCCGGUGCUAACCCAAAACCCCUUUACUCCCAGCGAUCUCACAGUGCUACAGACUCAACCAGUCAGGAGGCUUGGCCGUCAUCCUCAUAGUGCUAAACAUUACAUUGUUGUACAAAAUAACGUAUGCUUCUUCUGUAUAUGUGGUUAACAUACGUGUUCUACGUGAAGUGUGCACUGUCCGCGUCAAGGUGUUCUUGUGAUGUGUGUUCUGUCUAUGUGUGAAUCGUAAUGGCUUCAUGAUGACGUAUCGGUCAGAACUUGUUAAUGUAUUUUUUUUUAAUCGAUGGUUUUUUUUUAAGUUUGCUAUUCGGACUCGGCGAUUCGGGUACCACAAGCCACUAUCUCUUUCUAUGGCCAGUAUUUAUUAUAAUGUGUGCUUGGUGAUAGAUCCCAAGAAAUUGUCUGGAAUAAUCCCGCUCUCAUGGGGUAAUGUUGGUAAAUGUUAUCCUUUACCAUCUUAAACUAAUAUUGGAGCUGCUUCCCAAGACUAGACAAGAGAGGAGUGAUUUGCUUUUAAGCAUUUAUUGUAUUUUAAUACAUUAUUUUAAAACCCGAAUGAUAACGUACGGACCGACAUUGUUGUAUAUAAGUUGCCUAUUAUUAAAAUAACAUAAUUUGAAA